AUGGGUCACGUUGAGGUGGAGCCACCUCAGAUUGAGUCGGAGAUUGGAGAUGAUUUUGGUCGGAAGAAGUUGAAUCUGGAACAGAGGACCCAUUCAUUAGCCCAUCAAGCUCUAAUCCAGAAUGGUGCCGCAUUUAGCUACCGCCCCGAAGCUGUCACACCCAGCUGCAUCUUUCAAAACACCAAUGCAGAUACUGGUUCCUCCUCCGGCACUCGUUGGAGGUUCCUCCGUCGUAACCUUACUUCCGAACUUCUUAUCCCUUCUCGGUAUAAGUGUUUUGGUCGUGCCCGCAGAAGCUUUCUGGAAACAGUUGAUUCGUUGCUCAAAUACCAUGUUGAGUCAGGCGAGCCUGUGCCUGUGGUAGAUCCCUUCCGAUAUGCCAUGUUUUCUUUGUUGCUUUUCAUGUGCUUUGGUGAGAAACUUGAUGAGAAAGUCAUCAAAGAUAUUAUGGAAAUAGAAGGAGAUGUCGUAGCCAAUUACAAAAGACUUUCUGUGUUCCAAGGUUUCCCCACCUUUGGGAAAUUCAUCUUCAGAAAACAUUUGAGUGAUAUCCGCCGCAAACAAAAAUCUGCUCUACUUCCUUUGAUCAAAUCCCGUCGAGAACGAAAGGAGAAGAUCAAACAAGAAAACCAAGAUAAGAAUAUUGUCGCCUACAUCGAUUCACUCUUCGGUCUCGAAUUCAAAGAUGAAGAAGGAAGGAAGAUGAGUGAUGAAGAAAUAGUGAUUUUCAUCUGUGAGAUUAUGGAUGCAGGGAGUGACGCAACAUCAACUGUGUUUGAAUGGAUCAUGGCCCACCUUGUGAAGGACCAAGCCAUCCAAGAAAAGGUUUAUUCUGAGAUCCAAGAGGUUGUGAAUUCAGAAGAAGAGACCAAAGAAGAGGAUUUGCAGAAGAUGCCAUAUCUGAAGGCAGUGGUAUUAGAAGGGCUGAGGCUGAACCCACCUGCCCACUUUCUGCUACCACAUACUGUGGAGGAAGAUAUUGUGUUGAAUGGCUAUGUCAUCCCCAAGAAAACUAUUGUGAAUUUUAUGGUGGCAGGGAUGGGGAGGGACCCACAAGUUUGGAACGAUCCCAUGGAGUUUAAGCCAGAGGGGUUCUUGGGUGAAGAAGGGGAAGUAGUUGAUAUCACAGGGAGUAGGGAGAUUAAGAUGAUGCCAUUUGGUGCAGGGAGGAGGAUUUGCCCUGGACUUGGGAUAGGGACAUUGCAUUUGGAGUACUUUUUGGUAAAUCUGAGCAGAACCUACAAAUGGGUGGCUGUAGAUGGGCAAGAUGUUGACAUGUCAGAGAAGCAGGAGUUCACAUGGGAGAUGAAAACCCGGUUGCGGGCCCACGUGUCCCAAAGGGCAAAGUAA